AUGAAUGUCAUUGAUAAAAAGAUUUUAAAUGGCACGAAUAACUGGACAAUACUAUAGAAUUAAAAAUGCGUUUUCAUUACGCUUCCACUGCAGCGUAGCGUUGUAGAAAUUAAACAUCAAAUUUUGUAGAAUUCACGAGAGAUUUCGAGGUUUAAAAGGAAAUUACUUUCCAAUAGAAUUUUACAUGAUUUUUCGUGAAUUCUGUAAUUGAAUGUACUUUGCAGAAGAUGAAAUUUUGAAAAGUUCCGAGGCUUAUUUUUAAUCUAAUAAUAUUCUACUGAUUUUAAUCUAGUAAUCUUGCGAUGAAAAUGUUCUUUUGAUCAUAUUACUUUUAUCCUGAAAAUUUCACAAAAUUAUUGCAAAAAUUAUUCAUAAAAAUUCAGCAUUUUAUCUCACAAGCAAGAUGUCUAUUUCGAAAUUUCACUCCAAACACCUUUGAAAGCACUUAUAAACGCGAUCGGAAAACCGUGCAUUCUGCAUUACAGAAAUGCUCGGACUAUAAAGCAUCGAAGGUGAACACGUUCGCGAGGACCGAGCCACCGGACACGCAGGUGACGAAGUCGGUGAUCGCGUUGUUGCUGCAUUAUGGCUGGAACAAAUUCACCAUCAUCACGGAGAGCGCUUGGUCGACGGUGGCCAGGUCAUUGGAGGAACAGGCCACCAAGAAUAAUCUGACCGUGAACCAUUACAAGACCGUGGAAGAUCGACACACGUGCUGCGAGGAGAGACUGCCCUGCUGUCAAGUCAGCGUAUGGUUCCAGCUCAUACAGGAGACGAAAAAUAUGACUAGAAUUUACAUAUUCCUGGGGACGGCGAUGUCGCUGAUAGAUAUGAUGAACUCGAUGCAGAAUCAACGGCUGCUGGACAACGGCGAGUACAUGGUGAUACACGUGGACAUGAUGACAUACUCACAGCGCGAGGCGCAAAAGUACUUAUGGAAACCGGAACACUUCGACAAUCUGCGAAAUUGCCUGGAGCCGAAAGACUUCCUCAAGAGGGCACGAUCCUUGAUGGUGGUGGUAUCAACGCCACCCACGCAGAAUUACGAGGAGUUCACUAAGAAGGUCAGGGAGUACAGCAGCAAGGAACCGUUUAACUUUAUCAUCCCUGAAUUGCUGAGAAAGUACGAAAAGAUUAUAGGGUAGAAGAAGUUCAAUUUUGUCCAUCAAACGAUCGAGUAAUCUUCUCGUUUCAGUAUGUAUCGAUUCACGCCGCCUAUCUUUACGAUUCGGUGAAACUGUACGCGAAAGCUCUAGACCAGCUUCUGAGGGAUCAGCCAGAGCACACGCUCGAGGAGAUUGCCAGUAAUGGCACCCAGAUCAUCGAGACGAUUAUCAGAAAUCACACGUAUCAAAGUGUCAGCGGUGCGACGAUCAAAUUCGACAAGUUCGGUGACUCAGAGGGGAACUUCUCGGUGCUGGCCCUAAAGAAGGAUCCGUUCCUUUUCAACAACUUCUCCUGCGACUUUCAAAUGAAGCCUGUAGGCCAAUUUCAACAGGGUGAAACUCUAGGUACCGAUCGUGUACAGGUGUACAGGCCUUCGGAGGCGAUGGACUGGCCGGGUAAGAAUAAACCGGAAGCGGAACCAGGAUGCGGUUUCCUCAACGAACACUGUCCCAAAGACGACACACACCUGCGGAGCAUCGUGGCUGCUGGAGUGCUGGCCGUUUUAUUGUUCUGCGCCGCGGUGAUCACCAUGAGCAUAUAUCGUAGGUGGAAGAUAGAACAGGAAAUCGAGGGAUUGCUGUGGAAGAUCGAUCCGAGCGAGAUACACGGCUAUCCUCAUCUUGACAACAUGAUGUCCUCCCCUAGUAAGUUAAGCUUAGUUAGUGCAAUGUCCUACGAGUCAAGAUGCGGGGGCCAGGUGUUCGCGCAAACCGGGCAUUACCACGGUGUGGUGGUGAGGAUAAAGGAGCUAAAGUUCUCAAAGAAGAAGGACAUAUCCAGGGACGUGAUGAAGGAGAUGCGUAUCCUUCGCGAGAUCAGGCACGGUAACCUAAACUCUUUCAUCGGGGCGUGCGUCGAGCCAAUGAGGAUAUUGUUAAUUACGGACUAUUGCGCCAAAGGAAGUCUUUAUGGUAUGCUGUACAUUCAUGAGUCAUCUGUGCUAGUCUGUCAUGGUAAUCUGAAGUCCUCCAAUUGCGUGGUGACCUCGCGAUGGGUACUCCAAGUCUCCGAUUUUGGCCUGCACGAUAUGCGACACUGCGCCGAAUCCGACAGCAUUGGUGAACAUCAGUAUUAUCGAAACCUAUUCUGGAAAGCACCUGAGCUAUUAAGGAAUCCCAAUGCUCCGAUCAAAGGGACCCAAGAAGGCGAUAUUUACUCGUUCGCGAUCAUAUUGUUCGAGAUAAUCGGACGAAAGGGACCGUACGGUGGCGUGAAUUUAGAACCCAAAGAAAUCAUAGACCGAGUGAAAAGAUUCCCAGAAGAUGGUGAACCGCCGUUUAGACCUAACAUAGAUAUACUGUCCGAGUCUGAAGCGGACUGUGCUGAGUAUAUAGUUAGUACGAUAACAGACUGUUGGGCGGAAAGUCCAGAACUUAGACCCGACUUCAAAAUGAUACGGACGCGAUUAAAGAAAAUGAAAGCGGGAAGGCAUCGCAAUAUCAUGGAUCAAAUGAUGGACAUGAUGGAGAAGUAUGCGAACAACCUCGAAGAUCUAGUCAGUGAACGUACACGCCUUCUUUUCGAGGAGAAGCAAAAAACCGAGGAUCUACUUCAUAGAAUGUUGCCCGAACCCGUAGCAAAUUGCUUGACGAAUGGAAUCGGUGUGGAACCUGAAGCUUUUGACUUGGUUACUAUAUACUUCAGCGAUAUCGUUGGCUUCACUGCAAUGUCAGCGGAAAGCACACCUUUCCAGGUUGUAAACUUUUUGAACGACUUGUACACUUUGUUUGACCGGAUAAUCAAAGGAUACGAUGUAUAUAAAGUAGAAACGAUCGGCGAUGCCUACAUGGUGGUUUCUGGUUUACCAAUAAAGAAUGGAAACAGACAUGCCGGAGAAAUUGCAUCAAUGUCCCUAGAACUACUUAAUGAAGUGAAACAUCAUACCAUAGCUCAUAGGCCUCAGGACACUCUUAAAUUGCGCAUUGGAAUUCAUACGGGACCCGUGGUGGCCGGUGUUGUUGGUUUAACGAUGCCUAGAUAUUGCUUGUUCGGAGAUACCGUAAAUACAGCUUCACGUAUGGAAUCGAACGGCGAACCAUUGCGUAUUCACAUAAGUGAGCAGUGCAGAGAUGCUUUGGAUAAGAUCGGUGGCUACAUCAUUGAAGAACGUGGAUUAGUUCACAUGAAAGGAAAAGGAGAGGUGAAAACUUAUUGGCUCACCGGAGCCACUGAAAAAGCUAUUCAAAAACGAGAGGUUGACGUUGGUGAUCUUCCACCACUAUUUUGUAGACCAAGGAGAAGUCCGAAAUUAAAUUCAGACUCUCGUCAGGCUUCGUUGUUAGCUGGUCUAGGAGCAGGCAGUCGCAGACAGUCGAGUGUUCCAAGACCGAUACCGGAUGACACUUCGUCUCAGUAUGGAGGAUCCAGUCCAGUGCCUAAAUCACUUAAUUCUCGGAAGAUAGAACGGUCUCCUUUGUACUUGACCGAUAGCGUAUCGAAGAUAACGCUGGUGGACAAUGUGUUGCAAGAAGACGGUAAAACUCGAGCGGCUAACAUUAAGAUGGCACUCGACGAUUUCUUUAUUGACACGAGGCCGAAAUUUAGGAAAAAUGCCAGAGUUCUGUCAACGAUUGCCUCGUCGUCCUCUACGAGCGAUUAUCCGUUUCAGACGAUAAUACGGGAAUCACGUUCGUUAGAUCCUCUCCCGUUGGAGCUCUAUAGCAAGAGGUUCGAAUCGCCGAAUUUCUCUUGGAAGGAGCCAAAGAAAAGCUUUCGAUCGCUGGAAAACUGUGAAAAGUGCACAAGGACUAACUCGAAGACGAAUAUCUCUGAGAAAGUGUUGAAUAAUAAUUAUCCAAAUGGUAAUGUAAUAAUAGUGCCCCAUACUGACGAGUCGCCGAACGAAGCAGAGACACCAUUACUAGGAGAUGAGAGCGGCUGUAUGGGAGAAAUCAUGCCUGUUAAACGUUGGCGUUCUCUCGAUCAAGUGGUAUCCGUUCCUAGUACAGACAGUGUGCCCGACAAAAAAUCGUCCGCAAGAAAUUCGAUCAGAAGCUGGCUGGUAAAUCUAUUUAGCGGCAAUGGAUUACGCAACAGCGAUGUUUCGUUAAGAAGAGGUGUAAUAACAGGUUACGAUAUGCAGUCGGAACGGGAAAGUAUAGUUUGA